UUGCAAAAAACACGCACGUUCUGUGUCAAAUCAAUACGAAUUCAACAAAAAUCGAUUGAUUUUUGCUUAAGCAGCGACCAAGACCGCGCCACAACGUAAUAUAAUUCAGCCCUCAAUCAACCAGCGGCUAACGCGUGCAUUGCUCAAGCUCUUUGACCAGCGCCAACAACAAAGAGCCCGUCAUUUUGUUGUGGAAAAUUUUGCAGCCGCCACCGAAAGAAAAAAAAAUUUGUGCGUCGCACGUCUCGCGUGUAUCUGUCUCUGUGUAUGAGUCUGGGUGCAUGGCCAACAAUACAAUUGUGUCAAUUAUUAACGUAAAGCAUUGUGAUUUACCCCUUUUCCUACGUUAAAAACUUAAGAAAGCGCACCCGCAACAACAUCAAAUUCGAAUAUGUCCACUUCUAGCCGAGUCGAGCAAAAUAAUAAAUACAGCACGGUCGCUGCCGCUGCAACUUCCACUGCCAGCGCAGCAGCGAUUGCCAACGCCAAUAGCGUGGCAUCGCUUUCUGGCGUCGUCGAUUUUGUUGGCCACUCGCUGUCAACUUCAAAAUUCACGGGCGUCGUAAUUAGCGCGAUUUGUGAUGAGCAAAAGCUCGAAUUUAGCAACAAAUACAAGGGCAGCUGUACGCUGCUCUGCAGCUACGACUCCCAAGGCGUUGUGCUGCGAAUUGUGCUUGAUAACGAUCAUGAGCAUCUGCUUAAGGAGUACAUGAUCUCGGCCGAUACGGAUGCGGCACAGUUGGGCCGGCGUACCUAUGCUAUUUCGCUAGAUGCGGAAAAUCUGGUGCUGCGUUUCGCUAGCGACCAGGAUCAGCAACUCUUCCGUAAAGUGGUGGAAAAUGUGAAGCACUUGCGGCCAAAGUCUGUCUUCUCGCAGCGUACGGAGGAGUCGUCCGCCUCGCAGUACUUCCAGUUCUAUGGCUACCUCAGUCAGCAGCAGAACAUGAUGCAGGACUAUGUGAGAACAAGCACCUAUCAGCGCGCCAUACUGGGAAAUGCGAUUGAUUUUCAGGAUAAAAUUGUGCUAGACGUAGGCGCCGGUUCCGGGAUACUCUCGUUUUUUGCCGUGCAGGCAGGCGCUGCCAAGGUGUACGCCAUUGAAGCAUCUAAUAUGGCGCAGUAUGCGCAGCAAUUGGUUGAAUCGAAUAAUGUGCAGCACAAGAUCUCUGUGAUACCCGGCAAGAUCGAGGAGAUCGAAUUGCCCGAAAAAGUGGAUGUCAUCAUAUCGGAGCCGAUGGGGUACAUGCUUUACAACGAGCGCAUGCUGGAAACCUAUCUACAUGCCCGCAAGUGGUUAAAGCCACAGGGGAAAAUGUUCCCCACACAUGGUGAUCUGCAUAUAGCGCCAUUUUCUGACGAAUCGCUGUACUCGGAGCAGUACAACAAGGCCAAUUUCUGGUAUCAAUCAGCGUUUCAUGGUGUGGACCUAACCACGCUGCAUAAGGAGGGCAUGAAGGAGUACUUCCGUCAGCCGAUUGUGGACACUUUCGAUAUACGCAUCUGCAUGGCCAAGUCAGUGCGACAUGUUUGUGACUUUCUCAACGACAAGGAGGACGACUUGCAUGUUAUCGACAUUCCCCUCGAGUUUCUCAUACUGCAGACGGGCAUUUGUCAUGGGUUGGCCUUCUGGUUCGACGUUGAGUUCAGUGGCAGUAGCCAGAACGUAUGGCUUUCCACCUCGCCGACGGCACCCUUGACCCAUUGGUAUCAGGUGCGCUGCCUGCUGCCCAUGCCAAUUUUCAUCAAGCAGGGACAGACACUGACAGGACGGGUGCUGCUGGAGGCCAAUCGGCGGCAGUCCUACGAUGUUACCAUUGAUUUACAUAUCGAGGGCACACUGAUAUCGUCCAGCAACACAUUGGAUCUUAAGAAUCCGUAUUUUCGGUACACGGGGGCACCGGUGCAAGCGCCGCCGGGAACUAGCACGCAGAGCCCUUCUGAGCAGUAUUGGACGCAGAUGGACACGCAGGUCACGCGUAACUGUAGCUACUAGCAUGCUAAACGGAGGUCUUAAUGUCAAUGGCAUGGGCGACACGGCCAUGGACAUAACACACGGCCUCAUACAUCAGCACUAGGCAGCGCUGGAACUUUGGGAAAAUUUGUAAUGCUGUAUUUUCAUGAUUGACACCGCCCCCACCACCCCAACCAAUUUGUGAAUUUUGUUGUUUUCGUGUUAUUGCUUUGUGGAAUUGUAUGCGUCCCCUUUUUAAAUAUGUUUAUGUUAUUUUUUGUUAAUUAUCUUAUGUACUCGAAAAUUUAAUUUCCUUAGGCUUUUAUGUAUUCAAAUCUCCUAAUUUUUGCUCCCAGCAUUUGUUGUAUGCUUGUAUUUUGAAUGAACUAUAUAUACUACGAAUAAGUUAAAUGAGCCCGAUAAAGUAAUCAUUGAAAACGUCGACAGCAAACAAUCAACAAGGCAGACUAAAGUAGUUGUUUAGAACACGCAGCAUAUAUAUAUGUAAGCUAAUUUUAGCCACUAGUGUUUAAAGAUUUUAACGUUACAUAAAUGUAAACAAGAUUCGUCAUAACUAUAACUGUAACACGUAAUAUAACUGUAGUAGACGUUAAGCUUAAAGUUUCUUAGUUAAUGCAGUUGAAAAGCUUUGAACAAAACCAACCCACAUUUAUACAUAUAAAACAUCGCAUGUGCUGCAUAUGAGUUUUAAAGAUGAAGACGUAUUGUAUUUAAAUUGUUUUAUGUACCUCCAACAACUAGUUUCAAUUAUUUGUAAAAUGCAAUGUCUAAAUGUGUUUAAUGCUGUUCAGUUUGCGAGCAGCAGCGAUAGGGAUACGAAAAGCAUUUAGUUUUAAGUUAAUUUAUCUGAAGUCGCCGUCGAGAUUAUAAGUUACCUAUGUAUGUAUUUGUAAAGUGUGAAUGUCUCGUUCCGCCCGCCGUUUUGCUUUAAGUUAUACCAUUUAGUAAGGGUUUUGUGUAUGUACGUCUUCUUAUUAUAAUGAUAUCCCCCACAUAUUUAUACUUAUGCCACAUAACUGAAAAUAAUGCAAGAGACUUGUAACGAAUCAAUGCAUCUAAGCUGCUCCACCCAGCUCCUCGCAUCAAGCUGCCAGCAUGCCAAGCGUACAUACCUACACACAUGCACCUUUGUUUGGUGGCCUGUGUGUGUGCUAUGCAUGCCCAAGCAUAAUAGUAAUACAUAAAUACGUAUCCUCUACAUAUAAACAUAUA